CGUUUUCCCUACAGGUCCCUACGAGGAAGUGUUCAACAUGUAGCUCAGAGCAGUCCGACCUGAGUCCGACAUUCACUACCUCUUCUUUGAUUCCACCAUGGAGGGAACUUCCAAAAGCGAUGCUGCAGGUCAGCCCUCGGUUGCUGCUCGGGUUCCUUUCCUUCAUCUCUGUACCACGUUAGAGAAAAUCCAGAAGUCUAAACUCCGUCCGGAUAAAUCCAAGAUCCUCAAGGAUUUCAUUGAGUCGUGGAGGAAGUUCCAUUCUGCCCUCCACAAAGACAACCCUAAAACAACAGACUCUUUCUACCCAGCUAUGCGCCUCCUAGUCCCCUCCUUCGAACGAGAGCGUAUGGCGUAUGGCAUCAAAGAAAGCAUGUUAGCUAAACUCUAUAUUGACGUAUUAGGCCUCCCAAAGAAUGGCCCUGAGGCCAAUAAACUGUUGAACUACCGUGCUCCCACUACAUCCCAGGGAGAAGCUGGAGACUUUGCCGGCAUGGCGUACUUUGUGCUGAAGAAACGGUGCACCAGCGAAGGAAACCUCAGCAUCAAAGAAGUCAAUGACUUUCUGGACUUGGUGGCUAUCAACAACGCUGGCAAGCAGAAGGAUCUUGUGAAAAAGAGUCUGCUGCACCUCAUCACCCAGAGCUCGGCUCUCGAGCAAAAGUGGCUCAUCAGAAUGAUUCUGAAGGACAUGAAGCUCGGGAUCAGCAAAGAAACUGUUCUCCAAGUCUUCCACCCAGACGCUCCUGAGCUCUAUAAUGUCAACACAGACUUAAACAAGGUCUGCCAGCAGCUCCACAACCCCUCCGUGUCUUUAAGCGAAGUUUCAAUCGGACUCUUCUCUGCCUUUAAGCCUAUGUUGGCGGCUAUGGCGAACAUCCGCAGUGUUGAGAAACAGAUGGGAGGCAGCCCUUUUUACAUUCAGACCAAGCUGGAUGGAGAGCGUAUACAACUGCACAAAGACGGGGAUGUGUACAAGUACUUCACCCGAAAUGCUUUUGAAUACACCCAGCAGUUUGGAGGAUCCCCACUGGAGGGCUCACUGACACCUUACAUCCACAACAAUUUUAAAAGCCACAUUGUGAACUGCAUCCUCGAUGGUGAGAUGAUGGCGUACAGCCCGACCACAGACACCUUCAUGCAGAAAGGGAGCAAAUUCGACAUCAAGAGACUCAUGGACGACUCUGAGUUACAGACGUGCUUCUGCGUGUUUGACGUGUUGUUAGUCAACAACCAGAAGCUUGGCAAGGAAACGCUAAAGAAGCGCUACGAGACCCUUCAGACAGUUUUCAGUCCAGUCAAGGGAAGGAUACACCUGGUGCCAAAGACGGAUGCCAGAACCAUGCAGGAGGUGGUGAAUGCGCUGAAUGACGCCAUCGACAGCAGAGAAGAGGGAAUCAUGGUGAAGGAUCCUCUGUCCAUCUACAAGCCCGACAAGCGGGGGGAGGGAUGGCUGAAAAUAAAGCCCGAAUAUGUGGACGGAUUGAUGGAUGAGCUCGACCUGCUGAUUGUCGGUGGCUACUGGGGUAAAGGGAGACGGGGUGGUAUGAUGUCCCACUUCUUAUGCGCCGUUGCCGAAGCUCCAAAGCCUGGCGAGAAACCCUCGGUUUUCCACACGCUCUGCCGCAUCGGCUCUGGCUACACCAUGAAGGAGUUGUAUGACCUCGGUUUAAAGCUUGCCAAGCACUGGAAAGUCUAUCGGAAAAAUGACCCACCAGCAUCCAUCUUGUGUGGAACAGAGAAACCCGAAGUUUACAUCGAACCCUGCAACUCGGUCAUCCUCCAGGUCAGGGCGGCUGAAAUAGUGGGAAGCGACAUGUAUAAAACCAACUGCACCCUGCGCUUCCCCAGGAUCGAGAAGAUCCGCGAGGACAAGGACUGGCACCAAUGCAUGACCCUGGCAGAGCUGGAUCAGUUCCGCGGCAAGGCGUCCGGGAAACUGGCCUCGCGGCACCUUCGCAUCGAUGGUGACGAGCCGGAAAGAAAGAAGAAGCGCACUCAGCCAGCCAAACCCAAGAAGGUGAUCGGGAUCAUCGACCACUUUAAGCCCCAGGACCUAACCGGGGUUACCAAGGAGACGGAUAUGUUUGAGGAUGUGGAGUUUUGUAUCCUGAACGGCACAGAGGAUCACCCCAAGGCUGAGCUGGAAAAGGGCGUGGCCAGUUGUGGAGGUGUCGUGGUUCAAAACGCAGGGCGGGACACCUACUGCGUGAUUGCCGGCGUGGAGAACAUGCGCGUGAAGAACCUGGUUUUGUCCGACCAGCAUGACGUGGUGUGGGCCACCUGGCUGCUCGAGUGCCUCGGCCAGAAGGAAGUGGUCCCGUGGCAACCGCGCCACAUGAUCCACAUGUCGCCCUCGACCAGGGAGCACUUUGCCAAGGAGUACGACAGCUACGGGGACAGCUACUUUGUGGACACGGACGAGCAGCAGCUGCGGGAGGUGUUUGGCCGGAUCAGCGACGCACAGGCGUCCGUGGCGGCGAACGUCAGCCAGGUGGAGCGGCGUUGUGGCUGGGAGGAUCUUCCCACCAGCAUGUUCAGACCCUUCGAGGUUUACAUGGACAGCUGCGCCGACAUAGGAGACCCUAAAACCGCCAUACCUGCCACCUGCUUGGACAUCAGGGCGCUGGAGUUUCGCUACCAUGGAGGGAGUGUGGUGCGGAAGUUAGAGGAAGGAGUCACUCAUGUCAUUAUCACAGAGGAAACAAGACUUGUGGAUUUAAGGGCUCUGAGGCGCUGCUUUAGGAGGAAGUUUAAGAUUGUAAGAGAAUCAUGGGUGACUGAUUCAAUCACAGCAGGGCAUCUGAUGAACGACACUGACUACUUAGUUUAAAGACUCUUCUGGUGACAUACACAGGAUUUAAGUUGGUACUGGAGAGAAAUCCUUGUGUAGUUGAAGGGCGGCACGAUAUGAGGAAAAUAGGCGAUAACCAUAUUACUUGCGAUUAAUAACAGAUAUUAAAAGGUACUCAGUUCUGCCUUUCUGCUGCUUUUAGUAUACUGCUAAAAUACAACAAACUUGCAUGUUGAUUUAAAAAAAAAAGUGCAAACACAUUCUUUUAAUUGAACAAAUUAAACAAACUGAACACAAAAGGCACCAUUAAAAAAAGAAUGAUAGUUACAUUUUAAAGUGCAGUUUGCUACUAAUACUCUCGUUGAACUUACAAAAAAAAUCCCUGAAUGUCUUUCACAAUGUGUCACAGUUUAUAUUACAAUAACCAUAAAAAAAAAAGAUUUAUUGUGAAGCCCAAAUAGCAUUUUAAUUAAAUUCCAAUAUGAUUAGCAAUAAACUAUUGAGUAAAAGUCAAUAAAUACAAAAUCCCAACAGUCCAAAUCACUGGGCGAGAUAAGCAAUAUCAUUAAAACUAUACUGUGCUAAACAGGGAUGUGAGUCUUCUCAGGGGUUUCAUGCAAACUUGACGUUUUAUUUUUGGGGGUUUUAAUGAGUGAUUAAGGCGGCUCGUUAUUAGUUUUAAAUGAAUGGGCCUAUGUUAAAGUCCAGAAGGCACUGGUUGGUUUCUAAAUUAUUUGAUUUUGAAAAGAGAAUUUAGAGUUGUACUAUAUAUGUUGUUUUUUUUAAAUACAGAAGCUGAGUAGGGAAUCUUCCACCAUAAUAGUCUAAAGUAGGCCUCUUCUUAUUUUUUAACUUAGGAUUGCACUUACAUAACAUGGGGGGGACUUGAAUGGUGAAAAUCAAAGCAGCGGAGGCCAGGAUAUCCCCAUUAUAAGUCAAGCACCAAAAUCUUUGAAUCCCACGUUUUCCAUAAUGUAACUGGAUAGUGUCUUUCAUCAGAGCUCCCUUGCCUCCUAAAUGCCUACUUUCAGACCCCACACCUCCACUUUGCUAUUCCUCUUUUUAUGAUCUGUGCCUUAUAGGGCUGGGUACCGAAUUCAAUACUUUUUAGGCACCGACCCAAUUGCCUCUAAAGUACUGAGUAUUGAAAACUGCCUCGUCUUUCAGUACCUAAGGAGUAAAUCUCAUCAGCGUCAGUGAGCCAAUAAGCACGCAGCAUGUUUCUACCAAGACCUAAUAAUGUUUGUGAUUGGCUGUCUUAACGUUAACACGUCGUAGAGACGCGGAGGAAAAACUCUACGUUACGCUUUCAGGAGCUGAAAAAUACAUAAAGAUUUGUGCCGUAAUGUUGUAAUUUCUGUUUGUUUUAUAAAAUUGGUAUCGGAAAAAAAAGUAUCGUUUAGGAACCGGUAUCAAAGUCCCAGUAUUGGUAUCAGUGCCGUUAUCGAACAUUUUAGAACGAUACCCAGCCCUAGUGCCUUAAUGCUUUUUAUGUCUGUUUAAUAAACAUGUUAACCACAACUCUAAUAAAUAUAUCUUGAACUGGUUUAAAAUAA